AACUCUUGUUAUUCAACUAUGCCAAGAUAAAUUCAAUUUUAAAUUCUUGGGCACCUUUAAAACCAGCCCUCAGGACCUUGAAUAGGUCUGGCUAACAGCAGCCAGCUCUGCAAUUGGUGCUUGGUUGACAAUGGUGUUGCGAUCCACCCUCAAGCUGUUAUAGGCAUCCGCCUUUGUUGAGCCAAUUUUGACAAGUCGGAGGACUUUCUGGUACCGAAACACAGACUCCUCAGGAGUUCUUACUGGAAUAAAUGCAUGAAAGAACAGAAAUGCAAAUGAGGACACAUCAUUCCAUAGACAAAGCAUGCUACCACUACUAACACUAAUAUAUACAAAUAAGGUACUUUUAAAUCCAUUGGUUGAUUUCAAGUCAAUGCCAACCUAAACUAGCUGUGGUCUCUGUGAAUACAUUAGGUGACAAUGGUAACUUGUAGUACCUCUUUUGAAAUCGCCGGCCUGUGCUUUCUUUUGAUUUCUUCUUUUUUGAUUUCUUUUUAUACUUCUUCUUUUGUGAAGGCUCAGAUGGAUCAGAGCUGGAGUCAUCUGAAGAUGUUGUAUUCACACAUGAAGUACAUGUAUUAUUCAGAUAGAAAUCAACCAAAUUAAUCUGUUUUUAAAUAAACAACAUACCAAGAGGACAGUAUGGGUUAAUUAUUUUGAAUUUAUAUUUCAAGUGUUUGAGCAACCUUUCUUUUCAGUUGCACAAUAAUCAGUAAUUCACAAUUUGUGCCACAGGAGUGGAGGGGGAGCUUACCAUCUUCCAGUCUCUCUCUGAGAAAGUUUCUCUCUUCAGUCCAGCCAGAGCAUGGAUCUUCUCUUUCAGCAUCUUAAUUGUUUGUUUUGUUUUGGAGAGAGUUAUUUGGGUAGUUGGAGCCUCUGCUAAAAGACUAAUCAAAGAAAAAUAUGUAGGCAUGAACAAACUGUGCAGGUGACUAUGAAAUAUUUGCAUCAGAAAUACAUUAUUAGUUAUAUUUAUGGGCUUUUUGUGCUUUAUAUGGACAGGACAGUAAAGAUCAGACAGAAAAGCAUUAGGUGGAGAGAAGGGAGCAGGAUCGGCAAAGGACGUUGAGACACGAAUCAAACUCGGGUUGUGCAUGAAGGCAGGUGUGCCAUAUGUCGGCACAGUAAACACAUUUAUGAGUCAUUCAGUUAAUUAUUAUCAUUUGUGGUAUUAUUAUCUUAUGAAAUGGCCAGCUUUGCCCCCCCUCCUAACCACCUGAGCUCCGCCUGCUUCUUGUUCAUUUUGGGAAACUGUUUCAGCAGUUACUCUGACAUCUUACUUGCAUCGGCUCAUCUCAGAAGAGUGAACUGAACUAAGAGUGUGGUAAACCAACUGAAGAGAAGAUUUAUUUUCCGGUCAGUUUCAGAUUCAGAAGCAAGAAUGUCUCAAACUGUCGUACCCAUGAACUCUUCGACGCUUGUCAUCCAGUUUCAACCACCAACACAAACAACAGCAGCUGGAACUGGGACAAAUUCUACUGUGCCUGUUUAUGUACAACAGCCAGCCGGAGUUUCACCUCUUCAUGGACUUCAGCUGUUUCUGAAAGGCCAACCAAAAGCCCUUGGGACUGUCCAGAUAAUGAUUGGUCUGUUGACUCUCCUGUUGGGAAUUGUGUCUACAGUUCAUGCAGCAUCCAUCUUUGUCUUUAGUGGUAUUCCUUACUGGGGAUCUCUCAUCUACAUUAUCGCAGGCUCACUCUCCAUUGCUGCAGAAAACAAACUGAUUUCACCCUCCAGUUUGUGUUUGGUGAAAGGUUCACUUGGAAUGAACAUUUUCAGUACUUUAAUUGCAGGCACUUCCUUUAUCAUAAUUUCACUGGAUUUUGCUAUAGGGCCAUCGCCUUACUGCGACUAUUAUUAUGAUUGUUAUGAUGAUGAUGGAAAGUAUGAGACUCUCUUCUUUGGAAUCAGUGGUGUAUCACUGAUAUUCGCCUUCCUUGAGUUUAUCAUCUCCAUCUAUCUGUCAGCAUUUGCCUGUAAAGUCACCUGCUGCUGUUCUCCACAGGUUCCGUUUGUUCCACAAGUUAUAACUCAACAGCACUGUUGUUUUGGGCACAAUCACUUCCAUGAUCUUAACAAUUCCCAGAUAUCUGUGGUCAGCAACCCUUCAAUGCAUCACCUUCCUGCUGAAGUUCCUCCACAAUACACUGAAUUUAAAUAAUGAAUAUUAAAACAGAGUUGAGGUGGGACACAUGAGUUUCCCAAUGAUUUCCUGUCCAUUAUCUCUUAUCUUCUUUCAUUAAAAAGAGAACAUGGCAGCAAAGAAAAAAGUUAUCAGAUAAUAAUUA